CAUCGAGUGGCAUCAGUUGUAAGCAGCGAGCUACCAAGACCAAGACCAACCACCGAGGAUUAAACCACCCACAAGAUGAUGAAACUGGUAGUUUCGCUACUCUCCAUUUGCGCCUUGGCGGCAGCUCGUCCUGGAUUCCUGCAUGGCCACCACCACCACUAUCCGGAGAUCCCCUACUAUCCUCACCACCACCAUGUGGAACCACUGCACUACCACCUGCCCGCUGCCGUCUCCCACCAGAGCUCCACGGUGGUGCACAGUGUGCCGCACCACAUAAUCAAGCCGGUCCUGCUGCCCACUGUGGUGAAGACAGUGGUGCAUCCACCCAUCAUCAAGGCUUACCAUCCUGCGCCCAUCAUCAAGGCCUACCACCCCUACGAUCCCUUCCACCUGCACCACCACCACGACUUCCACGAUUACCACCUCCACUAA